AGUUACUCAAGACUCUUAAAGAAUGAAAUGUCCCUGACGUUGUCUGUCAUCUGUUAAUUGUGUAAAUUUGAUUUUCUGUUUGUGUGUUGAUUUCAGUAUGUCAAGUGGACAUAUCGACACUAAGGAGCUUUAUGGUGAUGAUGGCUUCAUAAUCUUUCUGCUGGGGACAAACAGCAGGUGUAAGAGUCUGGUGGGAAAUAAAAUUCUUGAGUUUGACCAUUUCCAGCCAGAACAGUCCACACAUGAAGAGAUAUCAUUUGAGAUAGGGGACAAAUGGGUUACUGUUAUUUAUAUCCAAGAUUCUCAGAAACAAUCCAUAACGAUUCAGAGGUACACGGAGACAUCAUCAAGGCAGCCAUGCAUAAAUGCAUUUGUCCUGCAGCGUGACCAGGUUUCUCAGAGCGAUUUGGACACCUUUACAUUACUUAAGGAGAAAUUCGGAAAGAAAUUUGAAGAAAACUUGGUUGUAGUUUUGGUCAGCAGUAAAAAUGAUAAAUCAGCACAGCCAAAAAACGGAAGUGAUGAGAACUUGGGAAGUAUUCUCUAUCAAUAUAAAAGGAAAGUGUGUUAUUUUAACAAAAACUCAAAGCAAAGUGACUUGAUCAAAAAAAUUACAAAAUGUUGGAAAAGUGUGCCUGAGAUGCCUGUACCCAAGCAUGAAAGAUCACAUAUGGACACAGUUGAAGAGUGGGAGAUUAUACCACAAGCAUUGAUACAAGAGCGUAUCAAAGAGGUCCAAGCUGCAGGCAGAACAGAAAAGAAAAACAACAUGACUGUUGUGCUGCUCGGACAGACAGGAUCUGGGAAGAGUGCUACAGGAAACACAAUCCUGAAAAGGCAACAUUUUGACUCUUAUGCCAGUUCUCUGCCAGUCACACAAAAGUGCCAGAUGGCAAAAGAAACAGUUUUUGGCAUAAAUAUCAGUGUCAUAGACACCCCAGAUUUUUUUGAUGAAGACAUGAAAAACCAAAAGGAGCACAUAAAGAAGUGCAAAGAUCUUGCUCAGCCAGGGCCUGAUGUGUAUUUACUGGUCAUGGAGCUUGGACGAUUCACAGAUGGAGAGAGAGAGAUAUUACAUAACAUACAGAGGGUGUUUGGUGAGUCAGUAUUAAGAGAAACCAUAAUUCUGUUCACUGGCAAAGAGAAACUACGAGGAAAAACUUUAUCAGAGUACAUAAAAAACACCAACACCCAACUGCAGGAGCUUAUUAGAACCUGUGGGUCAAGAUGUCAUGCAAUUAACAACAAUGAUCGCAACGAUGCCCAGGUGAAGAGACUACUAGAGAUGAUUUUGAAUAUGAUGUGGCAAAAUGGAAAUACUGACAUAGAACAAUACUACCUGUAUAAGGAAUCACAAAAAAAAGAUUGCAGAAUCCAGUAGAAUUAUCACAUAUUCCUCUGAUAAUUGUGCCAUUGUUCAUAACUAAUUCAAUGUCUCCUGUCAUGUGCUUGUAGUUUUAUUUAAAACAAAAAAUAAAACUUACAUUUUCUACAGUCAAAUGAAUAUACUUAAGGUGCACUCAGUAACUUUUGUAUUUGUGUCAUUUGGACUUGAACCGACAGCUAGCGGCUUGGAUGCAGCAUCAUUUAAUAUAAAUAGUUUUCCGUUUCAGAUGCUGUGGUAGAAAUGUAGUAUUCACAGUCAGCCAUUGUGAUUCUAACCUGGCAGUGAUUCUAACAUGGCAGCCCCAUGUGCGGACCCUCUCCAUGUAGGAUAAAACAGGUUUUAUAAGAUUACUGAUAUGACUGGAGUCUUUAUUUUAAUGUGAGUGGUCAUGAUUUCCUGCAUAAAUUACAAAUUACAAUUAAUGUCUUCAGCAUUUAAACUUUUUGUUGGGGAAAAAAAUCACUCAGUGCGCCUUUAAUCGUUUGUGUAACAUUUUAAUAU